UAACAGAGUAACAAUUACAAAUUCUGGAUGCAUUUAGAAGAUUGUGGGAGGUAGAGUGACUGGACUUAAUUUGACCUGUGUCUCUGACUUGUUUCUGACUCCAGGCAAGUUCUUUCAUUGAGAGAAAUGAAGAUGUUCAAUUUCAUCCUUGUCACCACUACUCUGAUAAUGGGCAAGGAAACCUGGGCUCUUGAAAACUGUCUUCAAGAGCAAGCUCGGCUCAGAGCACAGGUACGCAUACUUGAGACCCGGGUCAAACAACAGCAGGUCAAGAUGGCACAGCUUCUGCAUGAGAAAGAAGUCCAACUCCUUGAUAGAGGAGAGGAGAACAUUGCCAUACAUCUUGGGGACAGAAGACAAUAUGCAGAUUGUUCAGAGAUUUUCAAUGAUGGUUAUAAGCGUAGUGGAUUUUACAAAAUCAAACCUCUCCAGAGCCUGGCAGAAUUCCCUGUUUAUUGUGACAUGUCUGAUGGAGGAGGAUGGACUGUAAUUCAGAGACGAUCUGAUGGCAGUGAGAAUUUUAACAGAGGCUGGAAUGACUAUGAAAAUGGUUUUGGAAAUUUUGUUCAACAAAAUGGUGAAUAUUGGCUAGGUAAUAAAAAUCUUCACUUAUUGACCACUCAAGGUGACUAUAUAUUAAAAAUUGAUCUUUCAGAUUUUGAAAAAAAUAGCCGUUAUGCUCAAUAUAAACAUUUUAGAAUUGGAGAUGAUAAGAAUUCUUAUGAGUUGACUAUUGGGGAAUAUUCUGGAACAGCUGGAGAUGCCCUUUCAGGGAGUUUUCAUCCUGAGGUUCAGUGGUGGGCUAGUCACCAGAGAAUGAAAUUCAGCACAUGGGACAGAGAUAAUGACAACUACAAUGGGAACUGUGCACAGGAAGAUCAGUCUGGCUGGUGGUUUAACAGAUGUCACUCUGCAAACCUGAAUGGGUUAUACUACAAAGGCCCCUACGUGGCUAAAACUGACAAUGGGAUUGUCUGGCAUACUUGGCUUGGAUGGUGGUAUUCUUUGAAAUCUGUAGUUAUGAAAAUUCGACCAAAUGACUUUAUUCCCAAUAGUGUUUAAUGAUCCUUUUUUGAGUUUUCAUUUCUGUAGUGACUUGAAACACUGAACAUAAAAAAUAUGGUGACACUGGC